AAUUAAAAGUGAAAAAAAUUAGAGAGAAAUAACCCCUAGGGUUUAGCUUGUGCAACAAAUGCUCUAAAAACAAGGGCAAUGGGUAUAGAUAGCUCUUCUAAAUUCACAAAAAACGCUCGUGUGGAAGUCACAUCUGAGGAAGAGGGCUUCACUGGUGCUUGGUAUCUUGCAAAAAUUAUCGACCCUUUUCCGAGGAAGAGGCCUAAUCAAUUUUAUGUCCAGUAUGAAACUCUUUUGGAUGAGAAUUCUGCGAAACCCUUGAAGGAAUUUGUGAAUUGUAGCCUUGUGAGGCCUAUUCCCCCUCAAGAAAUUCAAAAGAUUCAAUCUUUUCAGCUUGAUGAUGCUGUGGAUGCUUUUUACAAAGAUGGGUGGUGGACUGGUGUGAUUACUAAUGUGUUUGAGGGGAAUUCGAGAUUUGAGGUCACGUUUUCAAACCCCCCGGAUUUGAUUGUGUUUCCAGCUGGGGAUUUACGGCUUCAUCGCGAUUGGAUUAAUGGGAAAUGGACCCGGCCUAAAAAAAAUCAGAGAAUAACAGGGCUGCUAUUUAGCAUUGGAAAAAAGGUAGAAGUGUCUUUUUCAAGAGUAGAGCAUAGUGAAGUUUGGUUCCCGGCAAUUGUACAAGAAGACACAGGAAACGGCUCUUUCUUGGUAGAGUAUCAGUGCCUCGGGAAGAAUGGUGAACCUGAGUCUCUGAAAGUGGUAGUUGAUUCUCUUCAUAUUCGGCCUUCUCCUCCUCAGUUGAAGGGGAAAAAUUAUGAUCUGUUAGAGAAGGUGGACGCGUACAUUGAGUUUGGUUGGUGGAGUGGAGUGUUAACUAAAGAACUUCCUGAUAAUAAGUAUCUUGUUUUCUUUAACAAAAUGAAGAAAGAGAGGUUACUUGGUCAGUCAGAAAUAAGACCGCACAUGGAGUGGAAAGAGGGAAAUUGGUUUAGUACAUCCCAGGAUAUCUCUACCACCCUGGAUUAUCAAGGACUGGCAAAGAGUGAUAACCUAAAUGUCCAUCAGACUGAAGCGAGAACUGCUGAUUUUUUAAAUUCGCUGGACAUUAGAACGGAGUGGGUCACUCCUUCCAAGGAGAUGGAACAUUCAAAUAAUUCCAAUCUCCCAAUUCUCCCAAAAGAUCGUUUGUAUUCAUCUUUGGUAAAAGCUUCAGGUGAUGACAUACAUUUAAUUUCUAAUUCAACCAAUGGUGGUGCUAGAACCAGUAACAUAGAGCAGUCCAAAUUUAAUCUGCCAUCAGAGAAUUUCUCGCGAGGAAAGAGAGCUAGGACUAAACGUCACAAGGUUGAUGAACCUGAGUACCAUGCUCCACAGCAUUCAAAAAGAAGCGUUGGGAGGCCACCAAAAUCACGGAUUGGUAAGCCACUAACUCUGGCUGGAGAUAAAGGAUUUGAUGAACUAGAACAUUAUACAUCAGAACAAUUAGGGAGGAACAGCAAAGUGCUGCCAAUAGCUCUAAUAAGCAAUCCAGAAACACAAGGAGAUAAAAACGGUUAUGCUGUUAAUUGUACUGAAGAAAAUUUUGUUCAGAAAGACUCUGUUACAGAAGUUCCAAUCACUCGUAAUCCAGAGAAAGAAGUAAUAGAAGGCAGCCAGGCUGAAAUCCUUUCUCACCCUGCUGAAGUCGUGCUAGAUCUUUCUGGAGGCGAGCAUCUAGUUCAUAAUCCACCAGUAGAGGGAAUCAAGGAGGCUGAUCAACUUGAACGACAGGUAGAGAGCACUGGGAAAAGGAAAAGGGGAAGACCACCCAAGUUGCAAAAGAGUCUGGAAGUUGGUCAGCUGAAUGGAGGCAAGAACUUGGCAAAAGGCCCUGAAGUUGCAAUGCCGAAUGGAGGUGUUACUGCUCAAAACAGGUCUUUGGGAGAAGUUGUAUUUCCGGUUGUGGUAGGACUGAAGGCAAAAAAGGUGGACGGUUCUGUGAACAGUAAGGAAAUGAUUGGAGUUGAUAAAAAGAUCUUAAAUGGUUUAGUAGAUAAAAAAAGUAAAUCGAGCAGCAAGACUGAAGUUUAUCCUGCAAAAAAAGAUAAACUUCAAAGCAAAAAAGGUAUUCAGGUUUCAGUUGGAAAACAAGCAAGAGAUUCUUCAAAAAGAGGAAGGAGAACACCAAUCAUAGAUGCUGAAUCUCCAAAUCAAGAUUCCGAAGACUUAAGUGCUAAAAUCGUGACAGAGGUUGAUGGAAAGGGUAGUUCAGUGAAAGAAGCAGAAACGUCCACUGUCCGGUCGUCUUUACAUAUGUCUGAUGAUCAACCUCUUCGCAUGUGGUUGGACUGUCCAAAGACUGCUGAUGCCACUAGUGUCUCACAGGGUAGGAAUGUUGAGAAGCAAUGUAUUACAAAUUUUAGUAAAGAUAUUGUUGUCCUACCCUCUCAGUGUGAUGAUCAGAAUUGGCCAUUUGCUAAGACCAACUACUCUCUGUGGAACUCCCUCGAAAGUGAAGAGGCGUUUCGCCUGGUGCCACAGACUCCACACUUUCAGUCUUUGUUCUCACAAAGAGAGAGUUCUCGUGAAGGUGCUGCAAUAGCUUCAAUGGUUAACUUCUCCAAUGUGUUUAAAAUGGCAUCCAACUUGCAACCUGAUUGCCCUAGAAACACUAUAGAGGAUGCUCUGGAAACUCUUCUUGAUCUGGAAAAUGAUGGGUUUAUGGUCAAUGUGGUACGGGAUCGUUUCUUGCAGUUGCUAUCAGCCAAGGACAAGGUUGAAGGAUUUGUGGCCAAGGCAAAGGAAACUACCGAUCAAAUCGAGGAAAUAGACCAUGAUCAGUCAAUGAUCGACUUAAACAUUAAAGAUAUACAGAAUCGCAUACGUUUGCUGCAAGAAGAGUGUGCCUUGGCUUUGUCAAAAAAGGCAGAACAAUAUUCAACGAUUGCUCAUUUGAAAUCAAAAGUCAGUGGCCUUAAUGAUAGCAUCAGGAAUGCUGAACUUGAGUUUACUGCCCUGGUAGCUACCCCUUGGCAAGUGUGAUGAUAUUUCACUAUUUUAGUGACUUGUAGAAAGUAGGCAAGUUCAAAUGGAAUUUCAUAAGACCUACGUGUCAUUCCAUAAACAGGAUGAAAAUCCAAAAUGAUGACAGCUGGUUAAUAUGGUACUUUAGUCUCUCCCGGUAGACCUAUGGGCUGGGAUCUCACUUGGUGUUUUUUUUCUUUCUUUUUUCCGGUUCUCGUUGUACCCUCUUAUCCUCGGCUUAUCUCUUCCUUAUCUUUUAGUUUGUCGUGGUGACUUCAGUAGAUAGAGUAUAAGCCUGUACUGUUAUUUAAUGAAUGUGCCUUGUUUACA